AAUGAAAUAAAAAGACGUAAAAGACCACUUCGCCAUAGCUCUUCGUUUUCGCGGAGUCUCAAACCCGUGACUCUCUCAGUAUUGGAUUUUCCCCAAUUCCCUUUCUCAGUUCUUCUUCUUCUUCUUCUUCUUCUUCUUCCUCCUUGAAUGGAGUCCAUUCAAUAUCGCCUCUUCUCUCCAUCGCCAUCGCUAUGAAGUUCUACAUCUCCACCACCGGCAUUAAGCGGCUCACUAUUUCCAACUCUAACUCCAACUCCACCGCCGUCAAGCCUCCCGCGCCGUCGUCCACGGCGCCUCAUCGCAGAAUCUCCACUCGUUCCGUUUUGCCGCUCCUUCUCACUCUCGCAAUUGUUCUCCCCUUCCUCUUCGUUCGGAUCGCCUUUCUCGUCCUCGAAUCCGCCGCCGAUUGUUCUUCCUCUCCUGAGUGUUCUGGAUGGAGGUUUUUCAGUCGCGAUGACGCAUCUCAUUCGAGACUGAGCGAGGAAUUGUCCAGAGCACUUGUGGAUUCAAAAGAAGGUGGAUCUGUGGGGAGUGAAGAUGGAGUGGGAUCCUUCAACGAGCUUGUGAAUGAGAUGAUUUCAAAGCGACAGGACAUGAGGGCCUUCGCAUUAAAGACUAAAGCAAUGCUAUACGCUAUGGAACAAAAGGUCAAAUCUGCCAGAAAGCGUGAAUCUGUGUAUUGGUAUUUAGCAUCACAUGGUGUUCCAAAGGGCCUGCAUUGUCUUUGUCUCAAACUGGCUGAAGAGUAUGCUGUAAAUGCCAAAGCUCGAGCUCGUUUGCCACAGCCUGAAUAUAUUUCCCACCUUACUGACCCCUUCUUCCAUCAUCUUGUUCUCUUGACUGACAAUGUCCUCGCCGCCUCUGUUGUCAUCUCCUCUGCCAUUCGACACUCAGCCGCCCCUCAGAAGUUGGUGUUUCACAUUAUCACCGAUAAGAAAACAUACACCCCAAUGCACGCGUGGUUUGCAAUCAAUUCAAUUGAUUCGGUUGUUGUGGAAGUUAAGGGACUUCACCAAUUCGAUUGGUCUGAGGAAGUCAACAACAGGGUUAAAGAUAUGUUGGAGAUUCAUCGCUUGAUAUGGAAGCGUCACUAUAACGAUUUCAAAGAUGGAAAAGAAAACAGAGAAUUAGAUGUUCUAAGCUCAAGCAGCCUCUCCCUCUUGAAUCACCUUCGUAUUUAUGUUCCCGAGCUGUUUCCAGAUCUGAAUAAGAUCGUUUUCCUGGACGAUGACAUUGUGGUGCAACAUGAUAUGUCCUCUUUGUGGGAGUUGGACCUUGGUGGGAAUGUUGUUGGUGCUGUCGUUGAUUCUUGGUGUGGAGAUGGUUGUUGUCCAGGAAGGAAAUACAGCCACUACCUGAACUUCUCCCAUCCUUUGAUAUUGUCCAACUUCGAUCCCGAUCGAUGUGCGUGGCUCUACGGCAUGAAUGUUUUCGAUCUUGAAGCUUGGAGAAGGAGCAACAUUACCUCCACAUAUCAUCAAUGGUUGAAACAUAAUCUCAAUUCUGGAUUGGCACUGUGGCGUCCAGGGGAACUUCCUCCAUCCAUGAUGGCUUUUGAGGGACAUAUGCAGCCCAUAGAUCCAUCAUGGCAUGUGGCUGGAUUAGGUGAAAGACCCCCACAACUUUUAAGCAAAGAGGUCCUGGAAGAUGCUGCUGUCAUACACUUCAGCGGCCCUGCGAAGCCGUGGCUUGAGAUUGGGUCUCCAGAGGUACGGAACUUGUGGAAUAAACAUGUAAAUUUCUCAAACAAGUUUAUUAAGAGAUGCAGAAUAAUGGAGUGAGGAGAACGAAGUUGUCUAUCACUCUAGCUAAACUAUAUUCAUUUUGGGAUUAGAUACCAGAUGAAGAAAUAUAUAUAUAUGGUCCGAGAUAAGAGGGAAGAAGGUUUUGCCUUCAGUCUCUACUCGGACUAAUCUCUACAAAAAUAUGAUAUUGGUUAUAUAUUAUAAUGUCCAUACACUAUUACUAGGUAAUAGAUGAAGGUAGCCAAUGCAAUAUUAUUCAAUAGAAUCAGAGUUUUACAACCUUGAAGGUAUAUUGUGAUCAUUGAUGUAACUAUCUACAACGUUGUAUAUUAAUUUCAUAUCUUAAUCAAAUACCUUAUUCUAGAUGCUAA